GCGCACUGUCUACUACCAUCGUUAACGGUGUGCGUGUGCAAGUGCAAGAUCCAUAGCAGAAGGGACAUCGACAACGAAGUUUGGGUCUUGAAAUUAUCCAAAAUUUACAACGGAGGUUGUAUUACAACCAUAGCAUUUCUUGCCCCAGAAAUAACUCGAUACGAUCUGAUACGAUACGAUACGAUACGAUAACACAGGGCUGAGCCAAAACAAGGAACCAGAUACCAGAUACCAUUAUCUACGUAGCCAUGGAUGAGGCUCUUGAUCCUCCAUCUGCCGCAGCCUUUCCUGCCACAGGUGUAUCACAUUUUCUCUAUGUCGCAGGCGACGCAAUCUCGAGAACAACCUCUCCGGGCCCACCACCUUCUACUUCACUCGAUGUCGACGACAAUAAACGAUAUCGACCUCGAACCUUUGCAUAUUUCCAAUUAUUACCCUACCCUGUCGAAGACGAAGCUGAACGCGAUGCCGCCUUACAAGGAAUAUUGAAACAGCUCUACAUAGCUAUCAAAGCUGAAGACUUCUCUCCUGGCGCCCUUCAUUGGACGCGCCAGCUUCAGGGAUGGCUUUCGUUGAAGUUCGACAUGUCCCGCGAACUACGCGCUAAGCUUGUCAAGUUGUACUUCCACCUCUCCUUAGCCAAGGGCCUGGAUGAUACUUCUGCCGAUCGGUUUGCCAAAAUGGUAGUAACCCUUAUCAGGAGAAAACAAGCGCUUAAACCCGAGGUUGAUUUAAUUCUUGACUGGAGACCGUUAUGGAAUGAGUUGAAGGCAUUGAUAUUGCCCAGCGAAACAGCUGCACAUCACCACUCUAGGAAACGAGGGUUUAAGCAUCUCAGAAAGCUGUAUCUGUAUUCGCAGAUGUAUUUCGACCCCAGAGAGCGACGUGCCAUGUUAGAGGAGAUGCUACCUUUUUUCAGUACCUCAGAUAUUCAAAAUGCCUACAUUGUCGUCGGCGCUUUGAAUGUUCUAAUGCCUACAACUCCGGUCCCCCCUACCGAGCCGCAGUCUCAACCGUCGGAUUUCGUACCUACCUUCUUCCAUCUUUGGUCGCUAAUGACCCGCUCUAAGGUCAUGGACAACUCAUUUAUCGAUAUGUUCUCUAGGAUUGCUAAGGAUUAUCUAAUAUGUCGACACGUACCCUUCAGCGAACAUGGUAUCUUCACACGAGAGCAGUCCGAUCUGAUCUUUACUGCGAUCCUUCGCCUGACUGAAAUUCCUGUUGGACAGGCUAAUUCCCCAUAUACCUCAAUCGAUUAUUCAGCUGGAAUAGGCUUGUUCCUUGAGAAGGAUAAGAAGAAGCACCCAACACCGUACAUAGUUGCCCGUUGGGUUAUAUGCUCCCUAUCGCCCUUCUGUCUCGACAAGGAAAAUUCAAUCCUGGAUAGCCUUGAAGGGCUAAUGGAGUCGGUUGACACCUUCUUCCACCCGUCGAACCAAGGUUCGUGGACCAAGAUAUUAGCUCAGCUCACAUAUUAUCUCACUGAGCUUUUUGUGUCUCGUUGGAACAGAGAGCAGAGCGGAGAGCAAGAUACCCCGGCUGAACGCAGGAUUAACGAUGCUCUGAAGCGUCGAUUCGUCUUGAGUUUGCGAGAAGUCACCUUUAUGGGGCUUUUUGGGAAAAGCUCCAGUAUCACAGGCUUAUACUUCAACUCUCUCCAGAACCUGACUUAUCUCGAGCCUGACCUAAUUCUACCUGGUGCACUCCAAAGGUUCUAUCCGAGUUUGCAAGGCUUGGUCGAAGUUCAUCGGACCACGUCUAGUCUCUGUGGUCUUAACAUGAUUGCCAAUAUCAUGUCACGCCAGAAGGGAUUCAGAUGCCACAUCACCGCAUUAUUAGCACUAGCUUUACCUGGUAUUGACGCUAAUGACCUGAACAAGACACAGUAUACAUUGAACUUUAUUCAAAGCGUUGCGUAUAGUAUUCCAUUUGUGACUUUGACGAAGGAGGACAAUACCGUCCAUGACACCACCCUUGCUAUGCAAUGGGUUCAAGGGGAAAUGGAGCGCAUGGAACGCGAAGGCCAAGACGUUAAGAUCGAUUACAAGAAUGAGCUAACUGAUGAGGAUGAGGCGAACAUUGUCCGGUCCUCGACUGCCGGCUUCGGUGAAUUUAUCAUCGCAUUAUUAGGCAAGGUGUUCACAUUGCUUGAGAAUCUCCCUGACGCGGCCCAAGUACGUUCUGGGUCUCCCGAGGAUAAUAUUAUUAAUACCUUGCCGGCUGCCUUGACUCCGAUGUUUGCCUCUCUAUCGCCCGAGCUCUUUGAAAUUGCCCUGGACAAGCUGUCAACCUUCGUUUCCAGCCAUGUUGUUCAUCAAGCUCGAGAUGCGAUGGCUUGGAUCUGCAACGCGUUAUGUAAGGUGAAUCCGGAGAAAACACUCAAGAUUUUCAUUCCGAUGUUGAUCGUCAAUAUACGCAACGAGAUUGACUAUAACGGUGCAGCGUCUGAUCGGAGCAGUGGCACUGAAGUUCUUCCCCGAGACAGGGCCCUUGUGUGGCACGUGAGUAUUUUGAGCAUGUGCGUUGUACACGUUGGUAGCGAGGUGCUGAAGUACAAGAAAGAUCUCUUCGAAAUAGCAGAGUAUAUGCAAGAGAAGUGCAGAGGCCUACCUACUAUUCAUAUUAGUAACUACAUACACCACCUGUUACUCAAUCUCACACAUACAUAUCCCAUAGACACUUCGCUGUACGAACCUGAUGUCCUGCAGCGCGGCUUGGACGUUGACGACUGGGGUAAAACGACGUCUCCAGCGGAUUUGACAAUUCGAUGGCAUCGUCCCCUGCAGGAAGAGAUUGAGUUCGCGGUUGAAUUAUUCGAGACACAGGCCGAAGGUGCUAUGAAACGCCUCGAGUCGUUCAUGAGCGAGAAUCCUCCCGUAAGCCGAAAAGGAAAGAAUAAAGAGUGGUCGGAUGAAGUUACUCGUCAGCUAGGACAGCUGCGAUUGGUCAUCUCCGGCCUCGCAUCCCUUUUUGAUCCUAAAAGAGCAUCUUGUGGGCCAACAGGACAUGUUAAUGGCAACGGAAAAAUUGGAAGUCAGGAGGACGAGACAAUGGCUGAUGACGAUGAUGACAGUGAGAACCCGCUGGCGGAGGUUGGAGAAGAUGAUGAGACGAAGCCACAGUUUAAGUAUCCGAGCGGCUAUUUACUCACACCAGACACCCCGCUUUAUAAUCGAAUCCAUGAACUUCGAGAGGAUAUAGGACGGCUGCUCUCCCGAACACAUUCCUUCCUCAAUGAUCACCAAGAAGACGAUGUUUCUUGUUUCACGUCAUUGUACAACACCUAUCGUACAUGGAUCACAGACGUGGGCUUUGAGCGAUCAGCACAUCCAUUAGAUCGACUGAUUCGACUCUACAGAGCAGACAUUGCCCCCUUCAAGAUCAGCGGGUUACGAAAGCCGUACCCCCGGCCGCUCCUUGUCAAGCGAGCCGACGCAUACCAAUUGCAACGAGUCAAGCAUAACGCAUCGAUUCGUAGGAAGAGUGAGCUAGACAAACGUUUACUGCUCGACCUCGCAGAAUCGUCCGUCUCGUCGUACGCUGAUGUGCGACGAAUAGCUCAAGGAGCGCAAGAUGCGUCUCUCAAAGCAUUAAUUGGCGGCCGCCCACUCGUCAUUCCCGUUAUCCUAGAAAGAUUCCGUAAAGCACUUGAUGAAACCGACCACGACAGGAUCAAGGGGGCCAUGUAUACGCUGCUCUUUACAAGUCUACUCAGAACAUUGAUGAGGGAUUGGAGAUUUGCUCCUGACCUCAUGCGACUAUACAUACAGUCAGUAAAUAUCGACAAAACGUCAAUCCAGAGCUUAGGAGCGACCGCCAUCUACCCACUCGCUGAAUUUGGCAGGCGGCUCGAGUUAAUGGUCAUAAUAGACGAGCAGACUGUAGACUUGAUCAAGCCUACUGAAGAUUGUUCAAAGGCCAUCAGUACGAGGCACGAUUUCAUCAAAGAGCGCAGAAAGAAAGUCGAGCAGAAGAAGUCGGAUUUGGGACUAGAGUUGACGGAACUUGCGAAGGAGUCUCACUGGAAGACAGCAAGUCGGUGUGCUAUGUUUAUAUGCAAUCUCUGUCUACGAUUUGAGUCUAUUGCGCCACCCCAGUUCAUCGAACUUAUCGCUAAGGGUACGAAUGAUCCACAUCCUGGAUUAAGGGCUAAUUACCUCAGCGUAUUCGCAAGCAUCUUCACGUCGAUCGAUCAGCGUGCCGUGUAUGGGCAUAGCUACUCCAAUUACCUCCAGGAGAAGGAACGGGAUAUCAAUAAAAUCAUUGUCCCAGUUCCGAAGGGCGACAGCGAAUAUACAGAGCGCUUCUUAGACAGCUUCAAACACCCCGAGAAUGCUGAGUAUUUCGUUGACACGGACCAUGCUGGAUGGUUGGUCUGGGGCAAGCAAUUCAAUGCAUUUAAAGCUAAACCGGAAAAGUUCGACGACUAUGAUGACGUCGAGAAGGCAGUCAGACAGCAAAUCGGCAAACUAAUAACGAGGGAGUGGCUUUCUCAAUGCUUCGCUUAUAUGAAGCAAGAGCCGCGAGAUUCGACAGCUGAUAGGUUCAGAACCACAAAUGUCUCUUUGCUCAUGCAUAUCUUCGAUCUCAUGAUCUACGGGCAGACCGAGCUCAAGUUUGACGAUGUCAAGGAAUUAGUCGCUGAUGUAUACGGAGAUGGGAGCGACAAGCAUCAACACCGCGCCACGGCGGAGAUUCUCGGUGCUCUGAUGGUUGGCACAGCGUACGACCCUCUUAAUAUGAAGAACGAAGUAUGGAACUUUGCGCAACCGAUGAUUCUCGAUGUCUUUGCAGACAAAUUGACUCCCGAUAACCUCUCAUACUGGGUCACAUGCCUCCACUUCAUCAUCGAUACGAAGGACCCUCGUCGUGCUAAUGAGCUCGUCAACCGUCUAAGUUCUUUCCGCCUGGAUAUGAAUUCUAACGCUGCUUUCAAGGAGUCCUCAAAGGUACAGCUUCUCGAGUUCCUGAUUAAUGACUGUGGAUGGCACUAUCGCCAUGAGAAGCCGAUCCUGGACGACUUCAUAGCACAUAUCGAUCACCCGUACAAGGCUGUGCGCGAAUCAAUUGGUCGCGUCAUCGCAACCAUCUACAGAACUCGAUAUCAUGAGUCGUUCGAAAGUGUCGCCGCUCUACUUGAGCAGAAUAAGGCAGACUCAAAUAUUGGCAUCCGACCAUACAAGCCAACCGAAGAGUUCGCGGCAACUAUCAAAGAUGUAUUUGACCGUCUUGAAGUGUGGCGCCAUGAGCGUACACCGGGGCAGCAGACACCGUCCUCUUACACAUCUGGGUCGAAGACUGUCCUAAUCUGGCUUGACAGCACUCUCUCGUCCCAGGAAUGCAUGCAACUCAUUCCAUUCUUCCCAGAUCCAUUUAUUGAUCAACUUCUACACAUGAUGGAUGUCAAAGAGGAUCCGGAGUUGAUGCGUCUGGCCUACCAUGUCUAUCGUCACUUACCGAACAUUCCAUUCCGUACCGGCGAGGAUGAGCCCUUCAUCGCAGCAUUGGUUCGUCUCGGAAAGACUGCUACAAGUUGGCACCAACGUCUUAGAGCUCUGGUGAACAUGCAAGUAAUCUAUUUCCGGCGACUAUUCCUGAUGGACGCUCCUCAGAGAGCAUUGCUCUUCGACGCUGUAAGCGAUAUGCUAGCCGAUCCCCAGCUUGAGGUUCGAACGGUAGCCAGCGCUACGCUGGCUGGUAUGAUUAGAUGCUCCCCCGCUACGGUACGGAACCCCUUCAUUGUGAAUCUGAAGUCGCGCUUCGAAAAAGAGUUGGCGCGAAACCCAAUGCCGAAGAAGAGACAGCCCGGCACUGAAACCCCGAUCAACGUCACGCAGCAAAUCGUGAGACGACACGCUGCGGUCUUGGGACUUGGAUCGUUGAUAGAAGCAUUCCCGUACGCAACUCCACCACCAAGUUGGAUGCCAGAGGUCUUAGCCCUCCUCGCGAGACGCGCAGCAAGUGACCCUGGUGUAGUUGGCAAGGCUACAAAGGCAAUUCUUUCUGAAUUCAAAAAGACAAGACAAGAUAGCUGGGGAGUUGAUCAGAAGUAUUUCACUCACGAGCAACUCGAAGAUCUCGAAGGGGUUCUCUGGAAGAGCUACUUUGCAUAAGGGCGAACACAUAGAGGUCAAAUGUUUCGGUUAUUGAUUUGGUCAUAACCAGGCAUGUAGACCAAUGAUUUGAAUAGGUCACCUCUAAUCAUGAUACGGCACAUUUUCCUAGGAUACCGGGCGUGUACAAUAAGGGCCACCGGGGUGUGUUAAGAGUACACCGGAUGGUGUAUCUCUUCUUGAUAUUGAUGUUUUCAGAUACUACUUGGCAUAGACGCGAGGGAGUCAUGAAUGAGGUCGGACAAUGAACCCAUGAAGGCGCACACACUUUCGGGGUACCACGAAUAUCUACAGCUACGUAUAGCUUUAUCCGGUGAUUCAAAUCGGUAUCGCCGUUAGGGCUUAGGAAGUAUA